AUGAUUGUGUCCGUUAUCGGUAACGGUUUGGUUUGUUAUCUCGUCAUGAGUUCCACAAGAAUGAAAACCGUUACAAAUUAUUUCAUAGUUAACUUAUCCGUCGGUGACAUGCUCAUGACGUUUCUAUGCGUACCUUUUUCAUUUGUCAACAUAUUAAUAUUAAUGUAUUGGCCUUUCGGUGAAAUAAUGUGUAGGCUCGUGUCUUUUUGGCAAGGUGUCUCCGUAUUUGUGAGUGCAUACACUCUCGUUGCCAUAAGCGUCGAUAGGUACAUAGCUAUAAUGUCACCCUUCAAACCGAGAAUGUCUAAAUCCACGGCAAAAGUACUAAUAGGUACCAUUUGGUUCACCGCGUGUUUAACCGCUUUUCCCAUAUUGAUCGUAUCUAAAACGUUCAAACCUGACGAUCCUUUGUACGACGAUUGCGAACGUUACGUUUGUCAAGAACAUUGGGAUUCGGAAAAGGAAAAAUUUUAUUAUACCAUUGUUCUUAUGUUUUUACAAUAUGGCGUUCCUUUUUUCGUUUUGGUUUACACGUACACGAGAAUAACUAUCGUCGUGUGGGGUAAAAAAACACCCGGAGAAGCUGAAAAUGCACGGGAUCAAAGAAUGGCGAAAAAAAAAAGAAAGAUGAUAAAAAUGAUGGUGACGGUUGUUUUAGUAUUCACAAUUUGUUGGCUUCCUUUUAACAUUCUUCAAAUAUUUCUCGAUUAUGAAAUUGUAAGAAAUUGGUUGGGACUUCCAUAUAUAUGGUUUUCAUUUCACUGGCUCGCCAUGUCACACGCUUGUUAUAAUCCAUUUAUUUAUGCAUUUAUGAACAACAGAUUUAAAAUCGGAUUUAUCGGAAUAUUGUCGAAAUUUCGAUGCACGAGAAAUCUCGUAUCGAAAUAUAAUAAAACGGCAAUUGCUGGCCUCGCAUUAACCGGUAUAGAAUUCGCUGAAUUUUCAUUAAAUCGAAGGCAGACGACAACAACGACGACGACGUAUUUAUCAGUUAAGAAUAAAAACGAUAUAAAUGCAAUUAGACAUAACGACGAUAUGGAUUAA